AAUUUUUCCCCCUUGUGCAAUUCAAUAACCCUCUGUUCUCUUCUCUGUCUACUUCACUCUCACUCUCACUCUCACUCUCACUCUCACAAUCCCCAUUUCAAACAAGAUCACGAUUCACACGCCUUUUCUCAAUCAAUGAUCGUUCAUUCAAACAAGAAGAAAAUCUCCUACUACCAUAAUCACUUGAUUCCAUUGAUUUCAUUUCCCUGCAAUCUUCCUUUCUGCUUCAAACGCUUGCGAUUCAUAUAACUGCUAUCUGUGAGUUGAGUUCAAUCGUUGAGCUCAAACGACUUCACUCAAACACCGUCUUUUUAGGUCUCGAUUCUGGUUGUUGAAAUCAUGAACAAAGCGCCGAUUCUUAAUAUUCAACCCAGGGAACUCCAAUUUAUAUUUGAAUUGAAGAAGCAAAGCACAUGCUCAGUUCAGUUGACUAACAAUACUUACCACUAUGUUGCUUUUAAGGUCAAGACGACGUCGCCGAAGAAAUAUUCAGUGCGGCCAAAUGUUGGAGUUCUUGCACCAAAAUCGUCUUGUGAAUUCAUAGUUACAAUGCAAGCCCAACGGGUAGCGCCUGAAGAUAUGGUGUGCAAGGACAAGUUCUUAAUUCAGAGCACAUUUGUUCCUGCUGAAACAACCAGUGAAGAUGUUACUUCCACACUGUUUGUCAAAGAUGCAAGUAGAUAUAUUGAAGAAAAUAAGCUGAAGGUGGCCCUAAUCAGCCCACCUGAUUCUCCAGAUUUCUCCCAUACUAGUGGAGAAUCUAAGAAUGGGCUUGAUCAUGAAAAAGUUCAGAUAUAUAGUAAAGAUGAAAUCCAAUCUCCUGAAGCUAUGGUCAAAGGAAACUUCGUUGAUGCUUGGGAUCUUAAAAAGGUAGAGAAUAACAUUGUUCAUGAAGUAAAACUUGAAGAUGAUAUGGAGUUGAAGCCAGAGCAUGAUACGGUGUUGGAAACUAUAAAUGACGUAGGGAUGCCAGAAGAAGAAACAGGUUUAAAAGUGUCCAAAGAUGAGGAGUUGAACACAGUGAAGGAUGUAGAGGAACUGAAGCCGCAAAAAGAAUUAGAGCUAGAAGUGUCAAAAGAUCUGGAUUCAAUCACAGUAAAGAAUGCAGAGGAAUUAAAACCAGGAAAAGAAGCUGAGUUUAAAGUGUCAAGAGAUCCGGAUUUGAACAAGAUAAACAGAGAAGAGGAACUGAAACCAGGAAAAGAUGUUGAGUUGAAAGUGUCAAAAGAUCUGGAUUUGAACACAAUAAACAGAGAAGAGGAACUGAAACCAGGAAAAGAUGUUGAGUUGAAAGUGUCAAAAGAUCUGGAUUUGAACACAAUAAACAGUGCAGCGGAACUGAAGCCAGAGGAAGAAUCAGAGUUAAACGUGUCAAAAGAUCUGGAGGAGUUUAACACUGUAAAGAAUGUUCAGGAACUGAAGCCAGAAAAAGAAGCAGGCUUACGAGUUUCAAAGGGUAUAGAGGAGCUGAAAUUAAUGGAAGCUAUUGAAGAGAUGAAGUUAAAAUUAGAUGGACUUGAGGCAAAGCUAAAUGAGUCUGGAAUAACAAUAUCAAAGUUAACAGAGGAGAGGAGGCUAAACAAUCAGGAGGCAAAGAUCUUGCAACAAAAACUAGACGAUCUUAUUAAUAAAGGUCCUAGAAAAGUUCAAGUUGGAUUUCCUUUUCUAUAUGUCUGCAUGGUGGCGCUCAUCUGUGUCUUCUUGGGAUACCGUUUACACUCUUGAAUCUUGAUAUCCGGGGAUCGAUCAUCCAGGAAGCUAUUAACAUUUUGAAUUGCUUCAAGUUUGUUGGUAGCAGAAGUUUAGGUGCAUAAUUCUGUGGUAUAUCCAUAAAUGUAAUAGGAGAUCUUUAUACUUGAGGUCCGUAAUGUUUUAUCUGAUCAAUCUAGGUUGUAAUCAGGUAUGUCUCCGCUUUUGUAUAUGCGAAGUUGGUCUUUUAAGGUACAGAUAACAUGAGAUAUAUAGCAGUCAGGUAGAUGACUGAAAUGAUUAGUGGAAAACUGCACAAGCAGUGGUGUAACGCUACACUUAAGAUUGUUCUCCUGUUCUUUGUCAACGACACAUUGAUCAGUGUUUCUGUCA